AUGCACAGUAUUUCUUAUGUACCUCUAAUGUCCGCCUUCGCAGAUGGGACGGCAGGCCAACGCGCUCGUGGUGGCGGAAAGCGCAACGGCGGCAGGGCUGCCGCGGCCAAGGGCGGUCCCUCGGGCAGGCAGUUGCAGGAUGCGGAUGGAGGCGACGAGGGGGAUCAUGCCGAGCCGGAAGCUCGUGGUGGCGGAAAGCGCAACGGCGGCAGGGCUGCCGCGGCCAAGGGUGGUCCCUCGGGCUUGCAGGAUGCAAAAGGGGGCGACGAGGGGGAUCAUGCCGAGCCGGUCACUACCCGUGGUGGCGGAAAGCGCAACGGCAGCAGGGCUGCCGCGGCUAAGGCCGAUCCCUUGGGCAGGCCGGCGCAGGAUGCGGAUGGAGGCGACGGGGGGGAUCAUACCGAGCCGGAAGCUCGUGGUGGCGGAAAGCGCACCGGCGGCAGGGCUACCGCGACCAAGGGCGGUCCCUCGGGCUCGCAGGAUGCGGAUGGUGGCGACGAGAAGGAUCAUGCCGAGCCGGAAGCUCGUGGUGGCGGCAUGCGCAACGGCGGCAGGGCUGCCGCGGCUAAGGGCGGUCCCUCGGGCAGGCAGUCGCAGGAUGCGGAUGGUGGCGACGAGAAGGAUCAUGCCGAGCUGGAAGCUCGUGGUGGCGGCAUGCGCAACGGCGGCAGGGCUGCCGCGGCUAAGGCCGAUCCCUCGGGCAGGCCGUCGCAGGAUGCGGAUGGAGGCGACGAGGGGGAUCAUGCCGAGCCGGAAGCUCGUGGUGGCGGCAUGCGCAACGGCGGUAGGGCUACCGCGGCCAAGGGCGGUCCCUCGGGCUCGCAGGAUGCGGAUGGUGGCGACGAGAAGGAUCAUGCCGAGCCGGAAGCUCGUGGUAGCGGCAUGCGCAACGGCGGCAGGGCUGCCGCGGCUAAGGGCGGUCCCUCGGGCAGGCAGUCGCAGGAUGCGGAUGGUGGCGACGAGAAGGAUCAUGUCGUGCUUGCAUGCCGUGGCGUUAACGAUCAUGAUGAGGACGAGCCAGCAGCAGUGACUGAUGGGAAAGGUGGACGUGAAGCUGUGAUUCCGUACCAACGGUGCAAGGCUGUGGAUCCGGGCAGUUGCGACCAUAAGGCGAGACAAGCUCGGCACGGCCCCAAUGUGCACGUUUCGAGCUCGUCUGGUUCCAAGGAAGAUUCGAGCGACAGUGAGUCGAGCAGCUCAUCCGGGAGUGAGGAGGUAUACGAGGACGAGGAUGAGGAGGAGGAGGACGAGGAUGAUGAGGAGUUGGAGCCGGAGAGCGAGGAUGGGGAGGAGGCUCGGCCUUUGAAGAGGAGGAGUGUGCGGAAGCUCAAGAAGGGCAACGCUAAGCAAAAAUCGGUGAGGAGACGGGUGAAGAGCUGUAAACAGAGUGUGCGUCGUGCCAAACCACAUGGCAAGCGCCAGAGACCUCGAUUCGAAGCUAAAAUUGUGGGUGUGCGUAGCAAGGCAAAGCGGGAGUUGAAUUUUUACGAGUCCAUGGGGAUACGAUGCCCAUCAAGCUCUCAUGAUCGGCAAGCCGCGGACCCAUACGCUGCGUUACGCGAUCCGAUGGGUUUGGCUGGGAAGGGAGAUCCGAUGGCUUGGGGGUCAGCGCGGUUUGGCAGGGAAGCGACGGACCCGCCCCCCAACCAUAUGGGGGGUUGCGCAGUUCAUGUGAAAAACGAGGGGGCAACGAAGCGGCACGAACCCUCGGCAACUGCAGCAGCGAAUGACGGUGUGGGAGGAGGUGUGUGGGCGAAUGCCUUGGGUGAAUGUGGCGGCGGUGUGGAAGGCUCCAUGUGGGAUGUACGGGAGAGCAGGGGAGAAGGGGGGGACGAGAAAAUGGAUCCGGCGACUAAGGAGGGGAGGGGAGAGAGCAUGGGCACACCUGGCGCAUCCAGUCGGCCGGAUGUGGCUGGCGGCAGGACUGUGGAGCAGCUCAUGCGAGAGCUUGCCCAGCGGGAUCGCGAAAUCGCUGCACUCAAGGCAAGGCCAGGAUCAGAACGACCUGUCAAGCCCUGCACCCCUCCAUCUAGGCCUCCUCCUCUAGCGUCUCUGUCAAGCGGCCCAUCUGUAGGGGGCCUCGAUCCAGGCGUGGCGCCAGAAAGCCCAACGACGGUAGACGUACCGGUCCGUCGAACGCGUGGGAUGCCCACACCCAAGCUGCUGAAGGCAUUCCCAGUACGCCUCGCUUCAGGGACGUGGCGCUGGGCAUACGAUGCUCUCACAUUCUGCCUCCGACCCCUAGCUCACCAUAGCAGUUAUCCAUCCUCCAUUGGCCCCUCUCUUCCCAUCCCUUCCCACCCUAAACCAGAGCCCCUGUUCAUGGUGCUGGUACUGGUGUGGGUGGCACGCGGCGCAAGGAUAGCUCAUUGUAGCAGUUAUCCUUCCUAUCCCUCCCCCCUCUCUCCCAUCCCUCGCCUAGCUCUUCCAGAGCCCCUAUUCCUGGUGCUGGUGGUGGUGUGGGUGUCAUGCGGCGGAGGGAUAGCUAAGAAUAGCAGUUAUCCUUCAUCUCACUUCCCUCUCUCUCCCAUCCCUCCCCUCCCUCUGCGAGAGCCCCUGUUGAUGGUGCUGGGGGUGGUAGCUCCUGUUCAUGGUGCUGGUGGUGGGGUGGGUGUCAUGCGGCAGAGUGAUCAGCCCAUGUUCAUGGUGCUGGGGGUGGUGUGGGUGUCAUGCGGCGGAGGGAUAGCUAAGCAUAGCAGUCAUCCUUCAUCUCACUCCCCUCUCUCUCCCAUCCCUCCCCUCCCUCUGCGAGAGCCCAUGUUCAUGGUGCUGGGGGUGGUGUGGGUGUCAUGCGGCGGAGGGAUAGCUAAGCAUAGCAGUCAUCCUUCAUCUCACACCCCUCUCUCUCCCAUCCCUCCCCUCCCUCUGCGAGAGCCCCUGUUCAUGGUGCUGGGGGUGGUGUGGGUGUCAUGCGGCGGAGGGAUAGCUAAGCAUAGCAAGCUCCUGUUCAUGGUGCUGGUGGUGGGGUGGGUGUCAUGCGGCGGAGUGAUAGCUCACCAUAGCAGCUAUCCUUCCUCUCCCAUCCCUCCCCCACCUCUUCCAGAGCCCAUGUUCAUGGUGCUGUUGUUGCUCUCCUCUUCCCUCCCGCCAUCCCGUUCUCUCCCUCCCUCCAUUUCUCUUCAGCCCUCCCCUUCUCUCCCGCCCUCCAUGUCUCUCCUGCCCUCCCCCUCUCCCCUGCCCUCCCCUUCUCUCCUGCCCUCCCCUUCUCUCCCGCCCUUCCCUGCUCUACUGCCCUCCAGCCAACCCUCCAUUCAUUCUAUACCGCCAUCCACUUCGUCCAUACCCUUUGGACAACCCCUAACCAUGUCGUGCAUGAUCUUCGUCCCCGCCUUGUCCUGUGUGCGCGCAGGAGGGAAUCAGCGGGGCUUGGCAAAGGUUAAGAAGACCGAUUGGAACGUCUCGAACUCCCACCGGAAGAACACCGAGUGGAUGACGGGUUUGCACCGAAAUGUGCGGUGGAUUAUCAAGGACCACUUCACACGCCACACCCCCGUGUACAACACAAUCGUGCAGGGCUUCAAGUGGGGCGACCGUGGCCUGUAUGUUCACGAGUCAGGAUUUGAGGCGUUCAAGGGGACGGCCGCGCCUGACGAGGAGAAGAAGGACUUGAAGGAGGAAGAGCAGGAGGUGUACGACACGGAGGACUUGAAGACGGAUGACGAGGAGGAUGACGAGGAUCAGGAGGAGGACGAGGAGGAGGAGGAGGAGGAGGAGGAGGAGGAGGAGGAGGAGGAGGAGGAGGAGGAGGAGGAGGAGGAACAGUGGGGGCAGGAGCGGAGGAAGAGCAAAAGGCACAAGAGAUGCAAAAGCAGGGGAGGCAAGAGGGAUGAGCAAGAGGAUGAGGAGGAGGAAGAGGAGGAGGAUGUGAAACGGGGGGGGCGGGAGAUUAGGAAGGGCAGAAGGCAGAAGAGAGGGAAACUCAGGGGAGGCAGGGGGGAAGAGGAAGAGGGUGGGGAGGAGGAGGAGGGGGAGCAGGAGGAUGAAAAUCAUAGGGGGCAGGAGAGGAGGAAGGGCAGAAGGCACAAAAGAGGCAGAGGCAAGGGAAGCAGGAGGGAAGAGGAAGAGGAGGAAGAAGUGGAAGAGGAGGAAGAGGAUGAGGAAGAGGAAGAGGAGGAGGAGGAUGUGGAACGGGGGGGGCGGGAGCUUAGGAAGGGCAGAAGACAGAAGAGAGGGAAAAUCAGAGGAAGCAGGGGGGAAGAGGAAGAGGAUGAGGAGGAGGAGGAGGGGGGGCAGGAGGAUGAAAAUCAUAGGGGGCAGGAGAGGAGGAAGGGCAGAAAGCACAAAAGAGGCAGAGGCAAGGGAAGCAGGAGGGAAGAGGAAGAGGAGGAAGAAGUGGAAGAGGAGGAAGAGGAUGAGGAUGAGAAGGGGGGGGGCCAGGAGCGAAGGAGGGGCAAAAGACACAAGAGUGGCAAACGCCGGGGAGGCAAGAGGGUCAAGCGAUGGGACGACUAA